UAAGCGCCAUGUGCAGUCGUGCAGAAUGCCCAUAACUAUUUACUUACCUGGUUCAUAAAAAUUAAAUAAACAGUAAUACAGUUGUAUAUUAUGCAUUUAUAUUAUCUCUAAUGUUGCUCACAGAUCACUGUUUCACACGCUCAGACGCUCAAUAUUGAAUAACAAAGACAAAAUACAGAUAGUAUUUUUUGAAAUUUAAAUGCUCAAGCAAUCCUUAUACAAUAGUUUCAAGUCUGAAGUCGGUGCUACUAUAACAAAACAAAUUACAAACUAGCAGGCUACAAAUAAAUUAUAUUUUAAAUUGAAUAAUAUUACAAUAUUAAGCAAUUUUUUUCAUUUUUUAAAAAUGAAUUCAACUCGUGAAAUUAUAACAUUGCAGUUUGGUCAUUAUUCUAAUUUUAUUGGCACUCACUUCUGGAAUUUACAGGAGGCAAGUUUUACUUAUGAAGAAAACAAUAAGUCACUGGAAAUAUGUCAUGAUGUCUUGUAUAGGGAAGGUGUAAAUUUAAAGGGCGAGGUUACCUAUACUCCUCGUAUGCUGUGUGUUGAUCUUAAGAACAGUUUUUACCAAUUGCCAGAUGUACACGGAGGCUUAUAUGAUCUAAACUGUAGCAAUACAGAUGAAGAGAUAUUUAAUUCUUCAACUAAAAUUCAAACUAUACAAGAAGAAAAAAUUCCUAGCAAUGAAUUUUUUUCCGACCUAGCCAAACAAGAACUAUUUAUAGAUGGUGAUAGUGAGAAAAUAAAUAUAGCUGAAAAAGUAUACAAUUUAGAUAACGAUGUUAAAAUUUGGUCAGAUUUUUUGAAAGCUCGUUUUCAUCCAAGAACUAUUACAUCAAUCGAUGAGUAUAAACACAAUGAUUCAAGUAAUGUGUUUAAUAACUUUGCACAAGGACUUGGAUUAUGGGAUUCAUAUAAAAUGAAAGAAACUUGGACUGAUAAUUUAAGAUUAUAUGCGGAAGAAUGUGAUUAUUUACAGGGAUUCCAUACUUCAAUGGAUUCGUUGAAUGGCUUUGGUGGUUUAGCUUGUAAGGCAUUAGAAUACUUAAAAGACGAGUAUUCCAACAAAAAUAUUAUUGCUAUGCCUGUAAUGUCAGAUAAUUAUAUUCUUGAAGAUGAAAAUUCCGAGUUACAAGCAGUUAACACCUCAUUAUUAUUUUCUUCACUAUUCGAACAUUCAAAUAUGUUUGUGCCAUUGACUACAUCAUCCGGUGGAUGGAUAAAGAGCCAAAAUCAUCUUAGUUUGGAUUACUUAUCUUACAAGAGCAAUUUAGAUUAUCAUUCCAGUGCUAUUUUAGCAUCAGCUAUAGACACAUUUACAUUGGGCUAUAGAAGUCGUUUUGACAACAGUAGUAUGCAAAAUAUGUGUACCAGGUUGACCCCUUUGGGGCGAAAAGCUGUAUCGGCUUCAAUACAACUCCCUCUUGGAUUUGAAUCAAAGUCAAAUUUACUUGAUUACUUACAGGAUGCAAAAUUACCCUUAUGGAAACCCAUUUCACCUCAGUGUACUACAGAAAUGUCUGUGGCCCAAACAAUUGUUUUAAGAGGCAUAACUGAAAACAUGCUGUACUCAAAUAAUCUCAUUAGAGAUUCAAAAAAUCCCUCUCAUCAUUGUACAUCACCUGGCGAUUUGCUCAAAUUAUUUAUAUCUUUUUGUGAUCAUGUACGAAUGACAGAAGUUCAUUCAUUUGAUUCAUCGUUAGAAACCAUAGCACCGUUCCCUAAUAUAUUUUCUCAAUCUAUUAAUCAGCAUGGAUUUGUAGAAUCAUCAUCUAGAUCAUCUACUUCUGUGGUCGCGAAAAGUGCAGCUAUUAGUGGUUUACAUAACAGUAAUUCAAUGAGAGAUAUGUUCAUAGCUUUGAAGAAUGAUUCUAGUAAAGUAAAGGGCUCAAAAUUGAGUCACAUGUUUAACAAUGAGAUUGAUGUAAUGGAUUAUAAAGAAACUCUCGAAAAUCUUUUUGUUUUGAGUGAUAAUUAUUUAAUAAACGACUGUUUAUAACUUA